AUGAGGCAAUCUUUACGCUUCAUUGAUUGGGACAACGUUUUGCUGGAUAACGAAGAUGUUAACGAAAGUUGUGAAAAAUGGCAACAAGUUUUUACAUCAAUUGCUAAUCAAUAUGUAGCAAAGGUACGCGUUCGCGACAUCCACCAGCUACCUUGGGUAGACAGAGAAAUCGUUCACUUAUUGCGUAAGAAGAAUAAUCUUAGGCGCAAGGCUAAAGUCCAUGACAGCGCUAACUUGUGGUCACGUUUUCGCCGCUUGAGUGCUGAUAUAAAGAAACUUAUCAAGUACAAAAAGAAAGUUUAUAUUACCAACUUGGGUCAAUCACUUAAAGAUUAUCCGAAACGAUUUUGGUCGUACUAUAAAGUCAUCAACAGUCAUCAACGUACUAUAAAGUCAUCAACAACGUGAGCCACGUUUUAAGGCGAAUUUAUUUAAUAAUGAUUUUCAUUCCGUAUUUAAUACCCCAGUUGCUGGUGAAUCUGGUGUACUUUUGCCUAAUCUGAACUAUACCACACAUGGUGUAUUAUCUGAUAUUGUCAUUGAGAGGGAUUUCGUCAGCAAGUAAUAGUGUGAUAGUGACUUUAAUGGAUUCAUAGUUUGCAGUUACAGAAGAACUGUGCACUGAAUUAUCUACGAAUAUUUGCAAGAAAUGAAUAGUUAGUCUAAAUAGAUUACCUAUGGAUUAGUUAAAAAGUUUGAUCAAAAUAGCUUUCUAAAAUUCAAAUGGGAAUACAUUAAGAAUAUAUACAUUCAAGAUUACCUAGAUUUUUUACAUAUUUGAACUGUUAGAAAUGACAAAGGAGUUUUUAAAACGAUCGGUUCUAGUUCUUGGCACUAAAACUUUACGGCUUCUUCUUAGGGAAUAUUGGCAUGAGUUCUCCUUUGGAAUCAGGUUGUGUAGUUUAUGGCUAGUAUCAGAAUAGGCUUGGAGAAAUAGUUUUUUGCACGCUUCCGAUCGGCGAUCACACAGGGUUUCUAGUUUAGCUAAUUUGAGGCCUUCUUCGUAUGAAACGCCAGGAAAUAUUCUUUUAAUGCAUCGUUUUUGAACUCUUUCAAUAUCCAAAUUUAAAUAUUGCGGUAAGGAAUUAUGAAAGACAGGUGAGGCGUAUUCCAGUAACGGGCGAAUGCAUGAACAAUAUAUUUGAAUAAUUUCAUUUGCAGGAACUCGAGCUCUCUUUACCUGUGUGAUUAGAUAUAGUCGCUUACUGGCCUUGGAUACGAUGUUAUCAACCUGCAUUUUCCACUUGCAGUCACUGCUGACUGUAAGACCAAGUAUUUUCGCGUGGUUUACGACCUCAAUCUCUUUGCCGUUGACUCGGAUGGGGUUGAGAUGAUUUGUUAGAGUUUGCUUCCGCGAAAAAUCAAUUCUGAGCUCUUUACAUUUAUCCUCAUUGAGUUCGGCCAAAUUCGAGAGAAGAUCGAGAGAUUUUAAUUUCGUUAUCAAACGGUUGUGUUCAAGAAGAUCAAACGCCUUUCGAAAGUCGAAUAGCACUGUACGAAUCGUGUUACCUGGUUCGUCCGUGGCUAGCAGCCAUUUAUGCAUCAUUGAGAUCAAGGCCAACGUAGUGGAUGACUUAGGUACAACACCGUACUGAUUGGAGUCGAUGACUUUUAGAACUGCUGACUUAAGUUGUCUUUCAAGAAUAACUUCUUCGGACAAUUUAGACACAACUGGUGUUAAAGAAAUAGGACGUAAAUGCUUGUUAAUGUCUGUUACUUGUGUAUUUUUAGGAACAGGAAAAUAUUUUCCUUUUUCCACGCCGACGGUAGUUUUUCUUGCUUAUAAGAACAAUUUAAAAUAAGGCUAAUGGAAUAUGCCAAAAUUUCUGCAAAUUCUUUGUAAACCCAAGGGGGUAUACCAUCAGGUCCAGGAGUUUUGUUUGGGUUGAGAGCUUUCAAUUUCGUAAAUGUGUCAAAUUCAGUUACUUGCACCGUAUCGGCAGGAAUAACCGAAAAAAGAUGCGGUAUAUGUUUGAUCUAAUUGCCGAUGUAUUUUGACCGACUCAUCAAGUGGUUGAUACGCUUGCUGCGGUUGUAAAAAGGUGUUGUUUAUUAAAUUUGCUUGGUCGUCGAGGGACAUUCGAUCGGUGUCAUCAACAGCGAGAAGGGAUGGAAGGUCUUUAUGAUUAUUUAAUGGUGCAUGACCGCAAAUUUGUUUGACUUCUCUCCACCAAUUCUUUGGUUUGGAAUUUUUUAAAUGGCUUAUUUUGCUUGCAUAAUAAUUCCCCCUACACUUCUUACGAUUGCGAUUAACAAGAUUCCUAUAGUAUCUAAAUAAUGUAUCGUUUCCUUGUUGUAAGGCUAGUUGACGUUAUCUUUAUCUGUGAUUUUAAAGCAAAGCUCUUCGGUAUCUUGACGUAAACAAGGCUAGCUUUGGUAUCCCUUCACGGCUUCUUAAAGAAUGCUCUGAAGAAAUUACUGUACCUGUAACUACUUUAUUCAACAAGUCACUUAGUACUGGUGUUUUUCCAAAUCAGUGGAAAGAUGCUAAUCUUGUCCCGAUACAUAAGGCUGAACGAAAGUCAAUUGUCUCUAACUAUAGAGGAAUUUCAUUGAUCGAUCAACUGUCAAAAAUCCUUGAGAAAGGUGUUUUUGGUAGAUUGUUUGACUUUGUUUCACCAAAGCUAACCCCUUGGCAACAUGGCUUCUUUCCUGGCCGUUCCACCGUUACCCAGCUACUUCAAGUAGUUCAUUUACUUUCUAGCGCCCUUGACAAAAAGAAACAGGUUGACUUAGUUUAUUUGGAUUUUUCGAAGGCGUUUGAUAGAGUACCACAUGAUAAACUUCUCCACAAGCUCCAUGCUAUUGGGAUUCGGGAUCCAUUACUGUCAUGGUUCCGCAGUUACCUUUCAUACAGACGUCACCGUGUUGUCCUUGAUGGUCAUACUUCAGAGUGGCUUCCAAUGACAUCAGGAGUGCCCCAGGGAUCGGUCUUGGGACCGCUCCUUUUUGUAAUAUAUAUAAACGAUAUGCCAGAUGUUAUUAAUGAUGGAACAUACUUACCCCCUUUUGCCGAUGAUUCCAAAUGCUUCCGAUUUAUUUUUGGGAGUGCAGACCAGAAUAAACUACAAGCAGAUCUUGAUGCUCUAUAUGACCGGUCCAUUACUUGGGGAAUGAACUUUAAUAUAAGCAAAU